GUGAUUUUGCCGUUCUUUUGAACUCUGGGAUGACGUACAAACAGGCAUUGCUUGCAAAUUUCGGUUCUGCCUGCCUCUGUUAUCUCGGCUUGAUUAUUGGUUUGAUUUUGGGAUUCAAGACCGCCGCUGUGCAAUACAUAUAUGGUAUCGCAGGGGGAAUGUUUCUUUACAUUUCAUUGGUUGACAUGGUAAGUUUUAAAACAUUAGUUCCAAACUUUGUUUGCCGACGGCACGGUCACAUAAUGGAACAUUACAGAAGGUCGGCGUCUUGGUUUUGCCUAUGAUUUUUGCGUAACCGUUGCAAUGAUUUUACCCCCUUGAAAAUAUUCAAAAUGGCGGACGUUCAAGGGGUGAAUGCUUCUCAUAACUGCUUUGGCUAGGAACAUAGCGACAGCAUUCUGCAUGGUGACGAAUCAUGGAGUGGCAGCGGUUUCGCUUUUUUGGCGCCUGAGUCGACCUUCUGUUUGUCUCUAUUCCGUGGUGGACAAAGUUUCUUUUACCGGAAAUCGCAGCAGGGAAACAAAAUGUGUUUCGAAUUUUUCUGGGAAUCUUUUUUGAUUCCAGAAAAGCGAAUUGGAAUUGGAGAAACGCUACUAGCAUGCUAGCUUUUGGACAAGUAUACUUGUCGCAGUAAAAAUUGUCGAAAUACAAAUUUUGCCUAAACAAAGAAAACUUGUCAAAGUAAUCUGGGCACUUGCAUGCAGUUGGUCAGCGAUCUAUUGCCGUAAUGGGUAAUAAUAGCGAUCGUUGCGGUCAGAAAACCAAAAACUAAUCAUAUACAAUUUGUUGCACAUACACACGUGCACUAGCUUGGCGGCCAAAAUUUUCCAUAUUAAAACUCGUCAUAAAAAACUUGCUCGUCUGUAACCGCGGCUUUAACUGUUGUUAUGCAACGUUUCAUAGCGUUUGAGCAAUCUUAACGAAAUCUGAAGUAAUUAUACUUUCCCAUUGUAGAAUUUAUUUAAUUUUAAUUAAGGAGAGGCGAAAUAGAGAACGCAUUUUGCAUAAGCGACGCAGCGUUGAUGCAAUGUGCGAAUCUUUUACCAGUUAAUUACUUAAUUACCGAGAAUUAUCAGUAUAGGAAUUAAUGAUGGAAUUAAAAAAUUAAUUACAUCAUUAAUUAAUUUUUUAAUUAAUGAAUUAUUUACAUACAUCAUUAUUGAAAUUUACAUCAUUUAUAGAUUUAUGCCGCGCAGUUUUUUUUUAAUUUUUAAAAAUUAAUUAUAACAAUUGAAGGUUCAGACAACAGGACAAAUAAAGUCCUAAAUUAAGUCCUGCCUGACAUGCUACAUUACAACACUAUUUAAAACAUGAUAACAAAUUCACAGGUUGCACAUCAUUAAAAUAAUAUGAUGCUUGUGAUGUUACUCUGAGUGUAUAUCCACACCGGGCGAGCUUGAAAAAUAUGCCACGGUGGCCGGGCAUAUUUUAUAUAUCAUUAUAUGUGUACAUAAUUAAAAUGAACUUUUAGGAACAACAAUUUAAAAAGCAAGAACGAAACCUAGAAAAUGUUUUCCUGGACCAAGUCCUUAAUUGGUCUAUCAACAUCAAAACAUGCAUUAAGUUUCUCAGUAUCGAUCCUGUUUAUUGAGUUUAGUUUUAAGCGACUGGACAGUGAGAGAGAAUUUUAUAUAUAACGUCGGACAGGCUACAGGUAUAUUCCAUAGGAGUGCAAUCCUAUUGAAAAAUAGAUUUCGGAUGUUCUACAGAUGUUUGGUCAGUAGAAAUCAGUAGAGCUAUGGCGAGUAUGAUGACGAGACGGAUUGCCCACUAGAUAGUCUUCAGGAUUUAAUUCAUAAUGACCAGUUUUACAUUUGUAAAAAAAUAACAUCUUUUAUCUCGAACCAGUAUGAGAUGGGGAGUAGAUCAAGUUGCUUUAAACGGUUGGUGUAAGAGGACUUGAAGGAUGCAUUUCGUUGCUCGUCGUUGGACACCUUCUAGCCAAAUAAGAUCCCUAUAUGUUGUUUGCGUUGCCCAGAGUUCACUGUCAUAACAUAGGUGUGCACGAUUAAACACAGAAAGCGUCGGCAUUUUACAUCAUUUAUGCAGAUAUUGUGCAAUUAUGACGUUGAAAUCCGAGCAUAUAUACGGUUUGCCUUUGAAGCGAUGUUUGAAAUAUGACGAGACCAAUGACAAUUUUAAAUUACUGGUGACUAGAUUCCCAAGAUCCCCCUUGAUGAACUUGAAAUAGAUCUGUUCAUUAUUGGUGUAAUAUUACAAAUAUUUCCUUUAAAUGAAAUUUCAAGCAUAAAUUGAAUUUUCAUUUGGUCAUGGCCAGUAUAAGGUUGAAACACGAGAUUUUCACAUUUUUUACUUAAAACAUCAUCUAUCUGUGUUUCCGGUUGUAAAACCAUAUAUAGGUGUUUUGAUUCUGGUACAACUAUAGUUAUGUGACGUCAUCACGAAAGGGGUCUACAUUCAAAGAAUCCAAAAUUGCAUGCCAACUUAUAAGAGCUCGUGACAUUAUAAAAUUAAUCUGCAGGAGUAAGGGGUGUUAUGAAUGUGUCAUUGUUUCUAUCAUUAUUGAUUCUAUUUCUCUUAGCUUCCCGAAAGUAUUCAAAUGAUUCAGGAUCUGGCUGGCAAAUCGAAGAAGAAGGGCUUCAAAAUACUAUUGGUUCAAAAUCUUUUCAUUUUAUUUGGAAUGGGUGCAAUGCUGCUCCUUUCGUUCUAUGAACCGAAAAUAAAGAAAGCGAAAUGGUGA